UUCUGUUGUAGGAACAAACCUUGUUGUCGUCGACAUCAAGAGUAAACCGCACAUCGUUUCUCUCUCUCCCUGUGUGAGGGACAACGCUACAAGUUCGGAUCUGCUGCCACCAAGAUGCUAUCUCUACACUGAAAAUGGAAAACAUGCAAAGUGUCUCUGGAAAACAAGAUAAUUCCAUAAUGAAGUCCAUUGAGCAAAGAGCACGCUCUAGAGGGCGUAGCGACUUAAUGACUCAACGUCUGAAAAAUCGAGAGAGGCAACGAAGAUACAGGGCUCGCAAGCGUCUAGAAGCCGAAACCAAGAAGCCUUUUGUUGUACAAGAGACUCCAGCAGUGCAAGUAGAGCUACAACCAAAUGGGAAUCACAACAGCUUUGUGACUCAACCAAAUGAGAACCACAACAACUUCAUGACCCGCAUAUAUUGCAAACGGGAUUGGAAAAAGGAUGCACGGCGGGUUCAUCUUCUGAAGCACCAAGAUACAAAUGGAUCAAUUGAUCAUUCUUCAACAUUAACUAGUGUUCCUGAGGUUGCAUGUUUAGCUGUUGGGAAUAAGACAGAAUCCAUGCUAGAGAGGGAAGUUCAGUUUGGAUCUUCUGUUGUUGUCAAUAAUGAAACUCCUAAUAGAGGCUUGCUGGGUAGAAGAGAUUGGAAAGCAGAAGCUAGAAGAAAGAAAAGUUAGUGUAUUUUUAAUUCUUCUUUACCAGAAAGAAUUUAUCAGUUUUCCCUGUUGAAUUUUUCUGUUGUAUAAUACAAUAUUGUAUAAUGUAAAGAAUGCUGGAUAGCCUGUUACAUUUUGGCAGGUUAUGAUGUUAUAAGCAACUAGCCAUCAUGGAUGGAACUCUCUUCUUAUAUUCAACUAAUAUGGAGGUUCUUGUACUGUAAUUUCAAGAGCAAACUAGAUUGACUUU